AUGCGCCAGAAUGGCUACAAGCUGAUCCAGCAACACCCCGGCUAUCUGAAUUACGACGUGCGCACCAACAAGCUCUAUCUGGUUGACCUUGCGGGCCUUGGAUUCACCGACCCGAACGGCAGAACAUCGCUCCCGAUCGACGAGGACAGUCCCUACGUCGCAGCGUUCAACAUUCGGCGCCCGCCAUAUCAAGGGCCCGAGAAAGCGCCCGAGCAAGCCGGAAAAUCACCAUCAUCGGGCAAGCCAGCAGGGACGAACCCACCAUCCGACCCGUCGGCCAAGAAGGAAAACAAGCCACCGCUCGGAACUUGA